UGAACGGUCAAACUCGAAGGGAUCAGAAAGUGAGGUGGCUGUAAAGAAAAUCUUGAAUGAGCCGAGGGGAGGAUAUCUUGACUUCUUCGCCGAGAUGAACACCAUUAGCGCAGCGAAGCACAAGAAUCUCGUCAAACUGAAAGGUUGGUGCUGCCGGGAAAAAAGCCGGAACAUGCUCAUUUUCUUGUGCUGGUGCUGCAGGAAGGAGGAUGACGAGCUCUUCCUUGUCUAUGAACUAGUGCCCAACGGCAAUCUGCACUACCACCUAUGUGAGAGUGAGCAAGUGAUAGCAUGGCCAACAAGGUACCAAAUCAUCAAAGACAUUGGCUCUGCUCUUAUUUACCUCCACCAUGAUUGUGCCCCUUAUAUUCUGCAUAGAGAUAUCAAACCAAGCAACAUACUCCUGGACAACAACUUCAAUGCCAAGCUUGCUGACUUCGGGCUGUCGAGGAUCGGCAACCAGGACAACGCGACGCUGUUGACAGCCGCUAUAGGGACCGAAGGGUAUAUAGAUCCAGAAUGCAGGAAAAUGGGGAAAGUUAAGUUCUACCCGAGCUCUGACGUCUAUAGCUUCGGCAUCGUCCUGCUGGACAUUGUAUGCACAGGGAAGUCCAGGGAGCAAGUCUGGGAGCUGUACAUAAAAGGCAAGGUCGUGGAGGCUGCAGAUGGAAGGCUUCAUGGCGGCGACGACUUGGACAAGAGGCAGAUGCAGCGCGUGGCUAUCCUGGGACUCUGGUGCUCUCUUCGUGAUAGUUCCAUGAGGCCUACCGUUAGGAAAGCAAUGGAGGUCUUGGAACGUGACGAGCCGUUGCCUGACCUUAACCACUUGGCGAACACUGCGGUACCCUCGGCACAGCAAGACACCUACAUCAUUAGCUCUGACCAGCAUGCACUUUUGUCAGAUGGCAGCUAGAUCUUUCAGUGAGCCAGAAGAAUGACUUUUGGGAUGGUUACGUCAGUCAACAUGGACUACUACACUAUGUAUACACAUGCAUAGAUAUAGCUGGCUCUCAGUGUUCCUACUUACCUGCGAUCAGCCUGGGGUGCAUAGUUCUUAUGCAUCUCACGGUUAAUCUAUGUUGCUGCUGCGGUUUGCAUCAUGUAUUCAUGUUGGUCUUUGUCUGCAUUAAAUGUUGGCUUGGCUAUAUGGGCAAAUGUAAUAAACAGUUAUGAUAGUCAAUGUACUAUGUACGCAUGUUUAUUAUUUAUUUUUGCAUUCA